CCGCUCCGGACACCAUGGGCCGGUCCCUGCACCCCGUGAGCUUCCUCCUGGGUCUCUCCACCCUGUCCCUGCUCUCCUCCGCAGGGCCCCCCGCAUAUGUCCCCACCAGAGACAACUGCUGUAUCCUGGAUGAAAGAUUUGGCAGCUACUGUCCAACCACCUGUGGCAUUGCAGAUUUCCUGUCUACUUACCAAAGCAACGUGGAUAAGGACCUCCGGGUCUUGGAAGAUAUCCUCCUCGGAGCGGCAAAUAGGACAGCAGAGGCAAAGGAACUUAUCAAAUCCAUCCAAGUCAGCUACAAUCCUGAUGAGCCAGUGAAGCCAAAUAUGAUUGAGAGUGCGACUAAGAAUUCCAAGAAGAUGCUAGAAGAAAUCAUGAAAUAUGAAGCAUUGCUUCUAACUCAUGAUUCCAGUAUUCGAUUUUUGCAGGAAAUCUAUAAUUCAAAUAAUCAAAAAAUCACUAACCUGAAACAGAAGGUAGCCCAGCUUGAAGCACAGUGCCAAGAACCAUGCAAAGAUACGGUGAAAAUUCACGAUACAACUGGGAAAGAUUGUCAAGAUAUUGCCAACAAAGGAGCUAAAGAGAGUGGCCUUUACUUUAUCAAACCUUUGAAAGCUAAGCAGCAGUUCUUAGUGUACUGUGAAAUCGAUGGGUCUGGAAACGGGUGGACGGUGCUGCAGAAGAGAGUUGAUGGCAGUGUGGACUUCAAUAAAAAUUGGAUUCAAUAUAAAGAAGGGUUUGGUCAUCUGUCUCCUACUGGCACCACAGAGUUUUGGCUUGGAAAUGAGAAGAUCCAUUUGAUAAGCACACAGUCUGCGAUCCCCUAUGCACUGAGGGUACAACUGACAGACUGGAGUGGCAGAACCAGUACUGCAGACUACGCCAUGUUCAGGGUGGGGCCGGAAGCUGACAAAUACCGCCUGACCUACGCCUACUUCAUUGGCGGGGAUGCUGGCGAUGCCUUUGAUGGCUAUGAUUUUGGUGAUGAUCCCAGCGACAAGUUUUUCACAUCCCACAAUGGUAUGCAGUUCAGUACCUGGGACAAUGACAAUGACAAGUUUGAAGGCAACUGUGCUGAGCAGGAUGGUUCCGGUUGGUGGAUGAACAAGUGUCACGCAGGCCACCUCAACGGCAUCUAUUACCAAGGAGGCACUUACUCAAAGGCAUCUACUCCUAACGGUUAUGACAAUGGCAUUAUUUGGGCCACCUGGAAAUCACGCUGGUAUUCCAUGAAGGAGACCACGAUGAAGAUCAUCCCCUUCAACAGACUCUCCAUUGGUGAAGGACAGCAACACCACAUGGGGGGAGCCAAACAGGCUGGAGACGUUUAAAAGACCAUUUUCAAAAGCGAUUUGCUUUUUUAAAGGACUUUAUCUGAACAGAGAAAUAUAAUAUUUUUCCUAUGGACAAUGGACUUUGAAAGCCUGACUUCAUUUUUAAGAGUAAAGCAAACCAUGUUGAAAACUCCACUAACAGUUUUAUGCUGGUGAUAAUUUAUCUACAUGCAUUUCAAUAAACAUUUUGUUUCCUAAGAUGA